GCAAGGCGGGUGCCCAUGGGUUGCUGCCGCCAGGUCCUCCGGGGCAUUGGUUGUAUGGCAAUACAAUGCCUAGGCCUCAUGCGCACCGCAAGUUCGAGGAGUGGACGAAGGAGUAUGGCCCGCUCUUUACCUUGAGGCAAGGCCGCAAUAUCAUCGUCAUCAUUGGGCGGUACCAGGCUGCGGUGGAUAUCCUCGAGAAGGAAGGUGCGAACACAGUCGACCGUCCUCGGUCAAUAGCUGCUGGAGAGACGCUCUCGGGCGGCAUGAGGACGCUCCUCGCCGGCGCUGGUGAUCGCAUCAAGAAACUUCGCAGAGCGCUCCAUUCGCAGCUGCAGCAGAAGGUCUCCGAAACGUACGAGCCGAUCCAAAUGGCCAACGCAAAGAACGUUGUCCUGGAUAUUCUCGACAGCCCGUCCGAGCAUCAGUCGCACGCGAAGCGAUACGCAGCGUCCGUGGUCAUGUCCGUCACGUAUGGAAAGACAACACCCACGUCGUACUCUGACCCGGUAGUGCAGGAAGUGCAGAAAUGCCUCGUCCGACUGGGCGUUACGUUGACUCCUGGAAAGUGGAUGGUCGAUGCCUAUCCGAUCCUGAGAUAUGUCCCCGGAUACCUUACUACAUUGCGACAGUGGCAUAAGGAGGAGCUGGCGUUGUUCAAGGGCCAGCUGGACGGCGUCCGUAAACAAAUGGAUUCUGGCCAAGCUCGACCCUCAUUUGCAAAGUACCUCCUCGAACGCCAGACCGAAUACGACCUGACAGACGACGAGCUUGCUUAUCUGGCUGGGUCGAUGUUCGGCGCUGGCUCAGACACGAGUGCUGCGGCGAUUACUAUAGCAAUCAUGGCAGCUGCUACCCAUCCCGAGGCCCAGGCAAAAGUCCAGGAAGAACUGGACAGCGUCGUUGGUCGUGAUCGACUGCCGACCUUCGGCGACAUGGAUAUGCUCCCGCAGACGAUGGCGUUCGUGCUGGAGACUUUCAGGUGGAGACCGGUCAGCGCUGGCGGGUUUGGGCAUAAGGCUACGAAGGAUAUCUUCUGGAAAAACUACUGUAUCCCCAAGGGCGCUACGAUAAUCGGCAACCACUGGUCAAUAGGGCGUGACCCCGUCGUGUUCCCGGAUCCCGAGUCGUUCAAGCCCCCGCGUUGGAUCGGCGAAGACGGACAGAUCAGAAACGACCUAAAAUUCUACAAUUUUGGUUUCGGCAGGCGGGUGUGCCCCGGCCAACAUCUAGCCGUCCGAUCCGUGUUCAUCAAUACCGCCUUGAUCCUGUGGGCAUUCAAGAUUUUUGAAGACCCGCAUAAGCCAAUAGAUACGCUCGCGUUUACGGAUACGGCGAACGUGCAUCCAUUGCCAUUUGAAGUGAAGUUUGUGCCGAGAAUGGGGAGGCUGAGAGAGAUGAUUGAGGAGCAUGUCGAGUAGUUCAUGGUGCGAGCCAGUGCACUGCAUAUUUUCUAAUUGUAUACGUAGUCGUUCUGCAUUUGCAGCCACUCUUCUCUGAACUGCGCUUGUGUCCAUGGCGGCGCAUCAGGCAGAAGUAUGAACUGUGUACCGUCCUGUCCUUCGCGCUCAGUUUGUAGAUCACGCAGCUUCUUCUUCUCGUUGUUGUGCAUAGUGACAAGGUGUUCGUACUGUCCAUCCUGAAUUGCAGGCUGUAGAGUGAGUCGCUGAACCCCGGACGGCAGACG